AUGAUCGACCUGCCCUGUACACAGGACAACAGCAGCCUGCGCUCCCUCAUCGAGAAGCCCCCGAUCUGCGGCAACUCCUUCACGCUGCUGACAGGAACUCUGCUCACCGGCUUCCGUCUGCACACUGGUCCGCUACCUGAGCAAUACCGGCUGAUGCACCUGCAGCCCCCCCGCAAGAAGAACCGUCACCGCCACAGGCACAGCCGCGCCCAGGACCCCGUGCCCCCAGAGACGCCGUCGGACUCGGACCACAAGAAGAAGAAAAAGAAGAAAGACGACGAUCCCGACCGGAAAAAGAAGAAGAAGGAGAAGAAGAAGAAGAAGAACCGUCACAGCCCCGAUCACCCAGCACUGAGCACGGCACAGACUGGCAGCAGCCUGCGGUAGUGGGGGGGUGAGCCUGACCCAGUGACCCUUCACCUUCCUCCCCCCCCCCACAACAUUGCCACAGUCUCCCAGGGGACACCGGUGGGCAGAGGCUCCCAGGAGCGGAGCCAGUGGAUCCGGGACACUGUGUGGACCCGCUCUCCAGCAGGGAAGGCCCGGGCUGGCGCUGGUAUCGCCCCCUCUCCUGCGCGGCACCGUCCCGCCCCGCCUCGUCUUGUUUACAGUGUGCAAUAAAACGCUUUCUGUUCCUCCGUGA